AAAGAAAAACAUAGACAGAGAGAGACAGAGAGAAAAGAGAAAAGAAAAAGGGUUUUGUGUGCUCGUGUGUGCUGUGUUUGAAGGUGAAGGAAAAGGCUUUGUAAAGCGUGAAUCAAGUGAAUGAAAUUAGCGUUUUAGUGCCUAGAUAAGUCUUGUGAUUGCUGAAAUUUCCUGCUCUGUUUUGUUGUUGAAAAACUGCAUUUUUGUGGUUUAUUUGUGUGCUGAAAAUCCGAUCCGUUUCUGCUCCAUUUCUGCUGCGAUUUUACUCGGUUUGUGACUGUUUUACUGGUGAUAUUUGUGUGAGAUUUGGGCCCCUUAUUCCCCCCAACACAAACCACAUGGAUCAAAUAACGUACUAUAAUGUUUUGAUUGCCCUCUUAGUUACACAACUUCGUGAGGGUUAUUUAUUGAACUUCCCUUUGACAGCUUAUAGAUAGUUCUUAUCUUAUUGAGGAUUUCAAGUUAAGAAUUAUCUAUCUUCAUUUACCCUUCUAGAUUGGAGGAACCUUACUUGGUGGAUGGUGGAUAAUGGAAGUCCUUCAAAAUUCAUGCAGGUAUGGUCCAAGUGUGUUCUGCUUCAUAUCUCUUUCAAGUUGGAAAGUGAGUCACAGAAGCUAUAUAGGUUGAAGAAAAAAAUGGAGAGGCAGCUUCACCACACUUCUGAUGGUUCGGCAAUCAUAACAAACACACCACCACAACCCCAAGAUGGCAAAACAAUGGUCAUGGCACAAAUCCACCCCUGCUGGUUUAUGGGUUGAUAAAGAAGUGCUGUUGUGACUUUUUGCUGAAGAUAUAGGCAUGAUCUUGCUAGUGUGAUGGCUAUCAUUAUUGCUUGGUUGGUUGAAGCCUUUUUGUUGAUACUAAUGGGAUGGAUAGAUUUUGGAAGGAUUGUUUUGGUUGAAGCCUUUUUGUUAAUAUUUUGGUGUAAGAUUUGAACUCCACUUUUGGGAUACAUGGAUGUUUUGGAAAGCUUUUUUGUUGAUAUUUGGUGACAAGGUUUGUACUAGAUAGAAAUGUUGGAAGGACAUUUAGUAUAUUGAAUUUCUUUUGUAAUGGUAAUCUCUUUGAUGUUUGGAGACAUUUUACUGGUUUUGUAUACAAUAUUGUGAAAUAUAUUGCCAAGGAAGUAAUUGGAGCUGCCA